GUAUCAAGUGCAUUCCUCACUGGCUAUAAAUAUCUACGAAACUAUCCUCGCCAAAAAGAGCAGGCAGUAAUGGCAGCUAAAAUCCUCUCUAAAUCCCUAUUCCACCACUGCACUCCCCACCAUACUCCCCUCAAAUCACCACCGCUAAUCCCUAUCUACCUCCACCACCGCCACCGUUCAUCAAAACCCCAACUGAUCGAAAUCAAUCUCUCCUCACCAUCACUUCAAUCAGACGGUGGUAAUGGGAGCGAAGAUGAAGAAGGGUUUUUUAUUAAGAAACUUGAGGAGAUUCUUCACCGUGUAAUGCUUCAAAAAUCAACACCUGAUUGGUUGCCUUUUAGACCAGGGUCCUCUUUUUGGGUUCCACCCAUAUUGAGUGUUAACGAUUUGAUUCAUAAGUUUGCUGGUUAUAAUCUUAGUGAUGAAGAAACGCUUUCGCUUACAACUUGUCGUGGAUGGCCUUCCGCUUCUUAUUUUAUUAAAGCUGGAAUCAAUGUGAAGGUGAAUGAGGAGGAGGAGGAGGAGCGGGUGGAUUUGAAGGUGAUGCCUCCUGAGGAGAUGGAAGGGAAAGUGGUAGUGGAGGUUUUAACAGGCCCAACUGAUAUCGAUGUGGCAGUGAAGGAGGAGAAGGGACAUGUAAAUAUUAAGGUGGACCAAAAGGAGGGGGGUGAGGUGGGAAGGGAAGUGGUAGUGCAGGGGAAUGAGGUAGAAGGGAAAUUGGAGGUGCUGAUUUUGGCAGGUUCGUCUUUGGAGGAUGAGGAAGGAUAAGAUUCAUAUCACAUGACAGGCUGGUUUCUCAGGUUCAAUUUCCUCAAAAAAAAUCUCCGUGUCGAAGAAAGAAUAUGAAGUAGAAAUGACACCGAUGUUGUACAGAAGCAGAAGCAAUCCUGGUUGUUUAUUGUCCGGAGAAUUCUUGUAGUUAACUUCAAUAGUUCUUAACUCACCUGUUCUACUACAUUGUAGUCUAACCCUAAUGUUAUGCUGGUUGUCCAUUGUUUGAGGACUGGAACAGUUCAGAUAUCAGUAAAUGUUGUGAACAGAAUAUCAAGCUGCAUGAUCAUUUUGUGAACA